AUGCUGCGGGUGCGAGCCGUGGUGAUGACCCGCGAUGACUCGAGUGGCGGGUGGGUGCCCACGGGGGGGGGCCUUAGCCAUGUCACCGUCACCCGGCGGCGGGAGGACGGUCACCGUCACUGGCAGUACCUCAUCCAGGGGGAGAGGCUGCGGGGACCAGGCCGUACGCCCACGCUGGAGUGCGCCCUGCACCGGGACCUGGAGUACAACGAGGUGACCCCCACCUUCCACCACUGGCGGGUCAGGGGGAGCCGCUUCGGGCUGACCUUCCAGAGCCCCGCCAAUGCCAGCGCCUUCCACAGGGGCAUGUGGGGGGCCCUGCAGGCCCUGGCCGCAGGUGGGCACCCCUGGGACCCCCCCCCUCGGGGGGGGACAUGGGACACGUGGGGUACUGGCAGGCUUGGGGAUAGUGGGGGGCACGGGGGGGCUGCGGGGUGCUGGGGGGCUUGGGGACACUGGGAGGCUUGGGGAUGCUGGGGGGGCAUGGGGACACUGUGGGGCAUGGUGGAGGGAGUGGGUGACUGUGGGACUGGGGAGCAUGGGGACACCGAGGGGCCUGGGGACCCCAUUCACCCCGAACCCCCUGUGUGUGUGUGUCUCCCUUCUCCCCACAGGCUCCCCAUCCUCCUCUUCCUCCUCAGCGGGGGACAGGGGGGACACGGGGGGUCACAGCCCCCACCCCCCAUGCCACCCACCAUCGUCACCAGCAAGUCCUCGGCCACUGGCUACCAGCCCCCGGGUGGGCAGGUGGGCACCAGGGGGGCGGUGGGGGGGCCCAGUUUGGGCUCCCAGUUGGGGUUAGAGGUCACAGCCGCAGCUGCUGCUGCUGGGGGAAGCCAAGGAGCAGCCGGAGACCCCCCCCACCGCGCCGGGACCCCCGAGGCGCCCGCGGCUACGAGGACUACCGUCACGCUGGCGGGGGCCACCGCUGGCAUGCCACCCCGCCCGCGUCCGCUUCCAGAAGGAUCCAAAGGGUUCCCCCUCCUGCCGCAUCCACAGGUCGUCCCCCCCCCGGAGCCCCCCUCCCACUGCGUCUACUGCCAAGGGGUCUUCAGCCGGGAGGAGAACGGCCGCGGGCAGUGCCGGGACGCGCCAGAUCCUGCCGGACGCUGCGUCCGCCAGCUGAGCUGCCUGUGGUGCGCCGAGAGCCUCCUCUACCAUUGAUGCAUGGCGGACGCUGAGGGGGAUUUUUUGGCGCCCUGCUCUUGCGGGGGGGGGCACCCCCACUGCUGCGCCCGCUGGCUGGCCCCUGCCACCCUGGCGCUGCUGGCCUGUCUCUGCUGCUACCCCCCCCUGCACGCCUGCCACUGGUGUGGCAGCCACUGUGGCUGCUGCGGCGGGAGGCACAAGGCCACACGGUGAGAGGGACCGGGCAACGGCACGGGGGAGGGGACAGCAGUGCCAGGAAACAUGGUGGCGGCACGUGUCAGCAUGGGGAUGGUGCUGAUGGUACAAGGACUUGUGGCACCGGGUGUGUGGCCGGCACCAAGGAUAGUGCCAGGACUCACGGUGCUGGUGUGUGUCAG